AUGUUUAGUCUCCUGUCCAGUCUCAAAUCGUCAGGCUCCACGUCUGUCGUCUUCGAAGAGGCACUGAAAGCCACAGCGCUGGCCAGUGCUUCUGCGCAGACGCGACAGGUGGGCUUGAUGGCUCAGGCGAAACAUUGUUACGGCAGGGCCGUCUCAAAAAUCGGCGCAGCCUUGCAUAAACCUGCGACCGCGCAGGAUGACUCGGUUGCCGUUGCUCUGUUGACGUUAGGCAUUUACGAGGCACUGGUCCCAGACACGACACCGAAGAGGAUCACGUCACAUUGUCGGGGGUCUCUAGUUCUCCUUAAAUACCGAGCCGAGAAAGGGGUUACCAGCUCGCUCGACAAUGGCUUGUUGACAUUCCUUGUCCACCUCGGGGUUCUCGAGAUAUUUCUCGGAUUGGAUGGCAAGUCGUCGGUUUUUACCAUCUUGAAGAACGCUCCCUGGGCAAAACAGGGCCUAGUAGAGCCGUUGCUGGUACGUGCGGUAGACUUCAAGGAGAAGGUUCACAGCACGAUGUUGUCCGCCAACAUUCGGGAGGCAUCAAUCACAAAGAUUCUCCAGACAGGGCUUGACAUUGUUCGCGAUCUCGAAGCCGCCGCACACUACAAAAUCAUGUCACCGGGACCGCGGAAGAUGUCGCAACAAGACGAAACGCAGGACGAAGGCUUGAACAAUUUCAACAGCUUAUUGAGCCGGAAUUCCUAUGCAAGCGAGGCUAUAAUAAAGGGUCUUUACCUUACCGUGAGACUCGACAUCAUCGAGUGCAUCCUCGGGCUUUCCAUCGCGCUCGGCGAACCGACUCGCGAGGAACUUAGCAUGCUCGCCAGUCUGCCUCACGGGUUAACGGCGCUAGAACAGAUUUGCGAGCAGAUCCGGAUCGUCUUCGGAUUUGAUGGCAGAGAACCUGCGUCUAGGGACCGGGGCAUUGGGUUCAAUGUCUGGUGCAUGUUCUGGCCCAUGAUGAGUGUGCUAAAAUCUGGAUUUGCGGAUAGGGAUACUAAGUUGUGGGUCAUGGACAAGUGCUCCUUGGUGAGCCAGGCCUCCGGUUUCGGGAUGUCAAUGUACCAGAUGGGGUGGUUUGACCGGAGUUCUGUCGAUUUGGGCACGGCUAGUUAG